CUUUGGCGUAGAGGGACCGACCCAGGCCGAGCGGCCGGCCUGCAGGAAACUGAAGGGGCGGCCCGGGCUGUUCCCUGUCUACCGCCUAGAUGUCAGAAUAUCGUUGUAAGAUGGCUUUGUUAACUCAACAGAUAUCCAGAUGCUAUUGCUUGCUGAAGAAAGGCAACAUUGUGGACAGUAGAAAAGUCGGAAGACAAUUGAUCAAAACAUGGACACUUCCUCUAAAGCAACCAGGUUUGCCAUUGUUGUGGCAUUACAGACAUUUCCAUCAACCAGUACUGAAGAACUCUAGAACUCCUCUUUUUGAUAGCCUCAUAAGAUUCUGCAGUUCAAGCACUGCCCUAAAUCAAAGUCAUGAAAAUAAUUCACUUUCUCUAAUUUAUAAACAAACUGAACCAAGAUCAAGUUCUGACUCCGAAGCAUUGGAUGAUGACCUUUCAGGAUGGGAAGAGUCAUUGCCUUCAUCCGCCUUGGAGGAGAUUUCAGAAGAUGAAGCCGUUCAGAUUGUAGCUGAGCCACCAGUUCCUUUGGAGUCUUUUACACUUCAGGAUUACGUUGAUCAUUCAGAAACUUUACAGAAGUUGGUGCUUCUAGGAGUUGAUUUGUCUAAAGUGGAAAAGCGUCCAGUUGCAGCUCAGCUUCUUCUGAAGUUAGACUUUGAAAAAGAUAUUACAAAAAUACUUCUAUUUCUUAAGGAUGUUGGUGUGGAAGAUAAUCAGCUUGGGGCAUUUCUCACUAAAAACCCUUAUAUUCUCAGAGAAGAACUGGAAGAUCUAGAGACCAGGGUGUCUUAUCUAAGAUCCAAAAAAUUCAGCAAGGAAGCAAUUGCACGACUUGUCUCACAGGCUCCAUAUUUACUUCUCUUCUCUGUGGAAAGGCUGGAUAAUAGGCUGGGUUUCUUUCAAAAAGAACUUGGAUUGCAUGUGAGAAAGACCAGAAACUUAGUAGCUCGUCUUCCAAGGUUACUGACUGGCAGUCUUGAACCUAUUAAAGAAAAUCUGAAGGUGUAUAAACUUGAACUUGGCUUUACUCAGAAUGAAAUUCAGCAGAUUGUAUACAGAAUCCCCAAAACUUUGGGCAUAAGCAAAAGGAAACUCACACAGAUAUUUGAUUACUUGCACAAUGUAAUGGACAUUCCUCACAGCAACAUUGUUCAUUUCCCUCAGGUUUUUAAUUCAAAGCUAUUACGAAUCAAAGAAAGGCAUUUGUUUCUUAAAUUCCUGGGAAGAGCACAGUAUGAUCCAAAGCAACCCAGCUACAUCGCCUUGGACAAGCUAGUAGCCCUGCCUGAUGACAUGUUCUGUACAGAAGUUGCCAAAACAUCCACAGAAGACUUCCAAAAAUUUUUGAAAACGUUGUAAAGUAGCAUUUUCAAAGCAACUCGGAAGUUAUUAAAAUAAAUGUGGUGUUUUUCUCACUUCUGGUUUGAAGCAAAAAAAACUGAUAACUCAUGAA